AUGAUAAUCUAUUUUUCUCUUCUCGUUCCUGUCGUUUUUCUAUAUUUGCGGUCUCGCAAGAAUCAGGCGCUAGAGUUUCCUUUCCCCCCGGGACUUCCCCUGAUCGGAAAUUCAUUCCAGAUCUCGCUCCGGCCGCAUAUACAGUUUGUUCAAUGGGCCCGGCAGCUCGGCGAGGUAUACCGCGUACGUCUUGGCCUGGCAGACUGGUACAUACUCAACUCUCCGGAAGCCGUCAAAGAAAUUUUGGACAAACAGUCUGCCGUGACUUCCUCACGACCACCAUGGCCAGUUCUCUCCGAUGCUUUGUCAGGUGGCUUAAGAUUUCUCUUCAUGCCGUAUGGGUUGAAGUGGCGGCGCCUACGAUCUGUAGCACAUGGUCUUUUAUCCCCUCGGGUAUCAGCAACAUUUCAGCCGUCGCAGGAGUUUGAAGCCAAACAAUUGAUACAUGAUCUGUCAACAAGCAAUCAGAACAAAUCAGAUUUUUAUAUGCAUAUUCGUCGGUAUACUGUUUCAGUACUCAUGACUUCCACGUAUGGGAAAAGGAUACCAAGUUGGGAGUGCGAUGACGUCCGCGACAUAUAUCAGGUUGUCAAGGAUUUCUCCGACGUGUCCUCUCCAAGGCGAAUGAAUGUUGCGGAUGGAAUCCCUCGUCUAGCUGAGAUUCUUCCAAUUCGGCUCCAAUGGUGGAGGAAUUCCAUGAAGCCAUUAUUCAAGAGACAGGAAACCCUUUGGAUGAGAUUGUGGUCAGAGCUUAAAGCAAAAAUUGAGGCUGAAGAAGCUCCCGAUUGUUUUGUUAAACAGUUCAUUGAGACGCAAUAUCCAAAAAUGGACAUCACCGAGCUCCAAGCUGCAUUCUUGGCAGGGUCAUUGAUAGAAGCCGGAGCAGAGUCGACCUCAUCGGCAAUUAAUAGCUGUAUGCUGUACCUCUCUGCUCAUCCGAGGAUACAACAGGCAGCACAUGAUGAAAUCGAUAAGGUGGUUGGACAUUCACGUUCACCUAGUUUCGCCGACGCCAACGACCUUCCUUAUGUCCAUGCUAUCAGUAAAGAAAUCCUUCGCAUUCGUCCACUCGCUAGCUUAAGUAUACCGCACUACACAAUGGCAGAUGUCUGCUACAAAGGGCGCAUCAUACCUCAAAACAGCAUCGUAGCGAUGAACCAAUAUGCAUUGCACUACGAUCCUUCCUUAUUUCCUGAGCCAGAGUCAUUCAUACCGGAGAGACAUCUCCGCAAUUUGGACAGUCUAGCCGUGAGCACUGCCCUAUCAGAUUCAUACGGCCGUGACCAUUGGGACUUUGGUGCAGGACGACGCAUUUGUCCCGGGAGACACCUAGCGGAGAAUAGCAUGUUUAUAACAAUUGCCAAGAUCCUAUGGGCCUUCAAACUGGUACCCCCAGGGAAGGUGAAUCUCUCCCAUGGUGCGUACGAGGCGGGCACUAUGACAAUCCCUAAGCCUUUUGCUGUUGAGUUCAUCUGUCGGAAUCAGAGGAUUGAACAGGUAUUGAAAAAUGAGUGGGAAACAGCGGUGACUUCGAAGGCAUAG